UUUUAUUGACAUUUAUAUUUUUUGUUGCUGAUUUGAAAACUGGUUGAAUUUUCUUAAAGUUAAUGGAUUGUCUUCAUGGUUAAUUGGAAUUAUUUUGAUGUGAAUUGUUUCAUUUUGUGGGUUGUAAAUCAUCUGUGAUCUGCCGAUGAUGCCAAACGAAAGGUGUAUGGUUAAUCCAGAAAAAUGAGACACAUUUUGUUUCUGCCUUCUUGUCUAAGGAAGCGAGCUCGAUUAAUUGUCAAGUUUUCACUUUACCUUUUGGUUGCUAUUGCCAUAUUGGAAGUAAUUUAUUUCCUGUUCGUGAAUCUUUUCACUGGUCGGGAUGUUAACAUAGGCUUGACCGCUGGACCUGUUUAUGAACCAUUCAAAUUGACUGAUCCGGAAGACGCAGAAACAAUUGUCAUUAGCAAUACUCAAUCCAAAAGCAUCGAGACGAUAAAAGAUUGUAACCAUUAUAAUUGCUUCGACGUCUAUCUUUGCAAUCCUGAUGAUGGUAUUUUAAAGGCAUACCUUUACCCAGUUAAAAAAUACCAAGAUAGUGAAGGAGUCUACAUAUCUGGCAAUUUUACUGAAGAGUUCUAUCAGCUGACUGAAGCUGUUUUUGAUAGUCCAUAUUUUGUUAAUGAUCCAAACUUAGCUUGCAUUUUUAUUCCUACUAUCGACACUUUAAAGCAGAGUAAUUUGCGAUUAGAUGAGACUUCAAAGGUUUUUGCAUCGUUAUCACAUUGGAAUGGUGAUGGUAAAAAUCAUCUCAUCUUUAAUUUCCUUCCAGGAUCAUUUCCUGAUUAUAACAGACGGUUAGAUGUUGCAAUUGGAAGAGCUAUGCUUACCUCGGGUGGUUUCGAUAGUUGGUCAUUCCGUCCUCAAUUCGAUGUAUCAGUUCCUGUGUUCAGUCCUUUAUCUAACCAAUAUAUUAUUCGCUCAAAAGAAGACGAAGACAAGUUAGUGGUGGAACAAAGACAUUGGCUUGUCAUGUCACCUCAAAACGAUCUCAUAAACCCUAUUGCCAAGAAAAUGUUUUCUCAAAUGGAUAGUGAUAUUUCUGAUAAAGUGAUUGUAUUGGAAUCUCGGUGUGACUCUCUGGUCAAUUUUUCUACAUGGAGAUGUAAUAGUCAAAGAAACUUAAAGCUUCAUUAUCCUGAAGUUUUAACUCAAUCUGAUUUUUGUUUGAUCAUGAAAACUGCAUUUUUAGGAUCGCCUUUACUCAGUGAUGCUUUGAUGAUGGGAUGUAUUCCAGUAAUCCUGAUGGACAACUAUGUACUACCUUUUCAAGAUAAAAUUGACUGGCGAAGUAUAUCAGUGCAGAUUUCUGAGAAUGCUAUGGAUCGUGUAAUCGAUAUUUUAGGAAACAUAUCUAUUAAUCGUAUUCUCGAAAUGAGAGAACAAGGACUGUACAUUUGGAGGAGAUAUUUCAGUAGCAUAAAGUCUAUUGUAUCUUCAACAUUAUCCGUGAUCAAUGAGAGACUAUUUCCUCAAUCAGUCAUUUCAAGAUUUGAAUGGAAUCGACCAAAAAUUGCCUCUCAUCUGAAACCAUUGUCCUUAAUCAAUCCUAAAUUGUCAUCCAGACCCUAUCAAGGUUUCACAGCUGUCAUUCUAACCUAUGACAGAGUUGAAAGUUUAUUUCAAGUUAUGCAUCGAGUGGUUCAAGCUCAAAGCUGUGUUAAGGUUUUAGUUAUAUGGAAUAAUCAAGAAAAAGAACCUCCUCAACCUAGUGAAUGGCCUAAAAUUAGUGUUCCACUCAAGAUCAUCAAAACCAAACAGAAUAAACUCAGCAAUCGUUUCUAUCCCUACAAAGAUAUAGAGACUGAAGCUAUUCUCGCUAUUGACGACGACAUCAUAAUGUUAACACCAGAUGAACUUGAAUUUGGUUUUCAGGUUUGGAGAGAAUUUGCUGAUCGAAUUGUAGGUUUCCCUUCUCGAGUUCAUCGAUGGAAUAAUUUCACCAAGCAAUAUCGGUAUGAAUCUGAAUGGACCAAUGAUAUUUCUAUGGUUCUUACCGGAGCAGCCUUUUAUCAUAAGUAUUACAAUUAUUUGUAUACAUUUGAGAUGCCAAAAAAGAUCAAAGAACAAGUAGAUAAUCAAAUGAAUUGUGAGGACAUCGCUAUGAAUUUUCUUGUUUCUAAUGUGACUGGGAAAGCACCAAUUAAAGUCGCGCCAAGGAAAAAAUUUCGUUGCCCUGAAUGUGUUAAUGGAGGAAUGUUAUCUAAAGAUGUACUCCAUCAUUUAAACGCUCGUUCAAAAUGUAUCAAUGAGUUCACAGCAAUAUACGGUGCAAUGCCUUGUGAAACUAUUGAAUUUAGAGCAGAUCCAGUUCUAUUUAAAGACAAUCUUCCCGAGAAAUUGAAAAAAUUUCAUCAUAUUGGCAACUUAUGAGUUUAAAUACGAGAUUAAUCAAAUCAGACCAACUGCAUUUUCAUUUUUUUAAUAACUUUUUUACUAAACAAAUCAUGUUACCAUCUUUUACUUGAAUGUCAACAAACUUUUUCUAGUCAAAUUGCUUUAUCUAUGCAUAUAUUAAUAAUAUAAUAAUUAAUUUCUUUAA